AUGAAUAGCCUAAGACAUCUAGAAAUAGAAGGCACUUACAUGCUGAAGUACUUACCGCAGGGUAUAGGGAGAUUAACUGGCCUUCGGACAUUAACAGACAGCAGGGACGAAUCUAGGGAGGCAGAACUGGAUAAGAAGCAGCACCUUCGUGCUCUAACCUUGGAAUUCGGAAAUGAUGGCCGAUUGGAUGAUGAUGAGGACGUGCUUGAAAUCCUCAAGCCCCACACAAACUUGAAAGAGUUUAUAAUAUGGUCUUACAAAGGUUCCAAGCUUCCCAAGUGGAUAGAGGAUUUGGUGUUCUCUAAUCUAGUCAAGGUGGAACUCAUGGGCUGUGAGGGGUGUAAACAACUGCCAGGUCUUGGGAAACUACCGUCCCUUAAAUACCUUAACAUAUAUUCAUUGGCGGAAGUGAGAAAGGUGGGUGGCGAGUUUAGUGGGGAUGCUAACAAUGAUGGAAGUGGUGUUGUCUCAUUCCCCAAGCUCGAGACCCUCAUCUUCAAAGACAUGCCAAAUUGGGAGGAGUGGGAAUUGAGAGAGGGAGAUGGACAGGUUAUGCCAUCACUUGUAGAAUUAAGCGUAAAAUGGUGCCCAAAGUUAAAGGCGUUACCACACAACCUUCCACCUGAGCUCCUCCAGAGGCUGAGUUUAGGCCUAAGUAAUGAUUGGAUGUCAUCAGAAGCACCCUUACCCAUCUUCCCCAACCUUAACCAUUUGGAGAUUUGGGGUAAUGAUGAGCUGACAUCACUACCUGGUGGUUGGUUGGGACAACUCAAAGCCCUCCAAACUCUGGAAAUCUACAAUUGUAACCGGAUGGAAUCUCUACCAGAGGAGUUGCAACACCUCACCAAGCUUCAACAAUUGAAUAUCAGAUCCUGUCGAGUCUUAGAAGAGCGCUAUGGAGAUGGAGGAGAAGAUCGGGACAAGAUUGCCAACAUCCCGAGUAUCAUAAUUGGUUGCUAG